GCUGGUGCGCGAAGGUGGGGUGGGGGGGCGGUCUCGCCGGAGGGCGGCGGGGGUCGUAACCGUUCUUCCCGCAGCUGGGCGUUGCUGCCGGUCCCGGCUUCGCCCUUUCCCUCAUCAUGGACGAGCAGAGAGAGACUCUGCAAAGGAUUGUCUCUACUCUAGCGAUCAAAAAUGAUGAAAUUCACAACUUCAUUGAUAUGCUGAACCACACGAUAAAGAAUGUUCAGGUGAACUCUUCUAAUGCAAUCAGUGAGUUGGAUGAAGAAUUUGAUGGUCUAUAUUCUAUACUGGAUGAAAUGAAGGGAAGUAUGGCCAACACUAUUCAGCAAGAAGAGGCUCGUAAAAUUCAAGCUCUGCAGGAUCAGCUUAGCCAAUGUAGUAAUGCCCUAGAGAGUUCUGAAGAGCUGCUGGAACUUGCUGCACAGUCGCUGGACAUAAAGGAUCCUGUGGAAUUCUUGAAGGUAGAAGACAUUGAACGGAUGUGCAUAAGGCAGAUGUUGGCUGCCAGACAGAUCAAAGAUAGAGUCACAAUGGCUUCAGCGUUUCGCAUCUCUCUGAAACCAAAGGUCAGUGAUAGUAUGACUCACUUGAUGGUGGACUUCGCUUUGGAAAGGCGCAUGCUCCAGGCUGUAAAGUUUUUGCCAGUCCCUAAAGCUCCAGAGAUAGAUCUAGCGGCAUGUCUCAUUGCUGAUAACUGCAUAACAGUGUCAUGGAGAAUGCCUGAAGAAGACAGUAGAAUUGAUCAUUUUGUACUGGAGUAUAGGAAAACCAACUUUGAUGGGCUUCCUCGAGUAAAAGAUGAACAGCGUUGGGAACUGAUAGACUAUAUUAAAACUACUGAAUAUACAUUAUCAGGUCUGAAAUUUGAUACAAAAUACAUGAACUUCAGAGUACAAGCUUGCAACAAAGCUGUGGCAGGGGAAUACUCUGAUCCUGUGACUCUGGAAACCAAAGCAUUUGUGUUCAGUUUGGACAGUACUUCAUCUCAUCUGAACUUGAAAGUUGAAGAUACCUAUGUUGAAUGGGAUCCUACUGGAGGUAAAGGCCAAGAAAAAAUAAAAGGGAAGGAAAAUAAAAGCAGGCUCCACUUCACUCCUGACUUCCCUACCUCCUCCCUCCAAGCAGCGCAGGAGGAUGGGGAAUGGGGGUUGCGUGGCCAGAAUCCUCUGCUGAAGAGCAAUAGAAGAAGUGGUGCACCAUCUCCAAAGAGGACAUCUGUUAGCACAAGAUCCUCAGCGAGGGGCAGCAGAGAUCACUUUACUGGUGAAUCAUACACAGUGUUGGGAGACACUGCUUUUGAAAGUGGACAGCAUUACUGGGAGGUGAGAGCCCAGAAGGACUGCAAAUCCUACAGCGUGGGUGUAACAUACAGAACCCUGGGGAAAUUUGACCAACUGGGAAAGACUAAUUCAAGCUGGUGUAUCCAUAUCAACAACUGGCUGCAAACCACAUUUUCAGCAAAACAUAAUAAUAAAACCAAGACUCUAGAUAUACCUGUUCCAGACAGAAUAGGAGUAUACUGCGACUUUGAUGGAGGUCAGCUUGCAUUCUAUAAUGCAAACUCAAAGGAGCUCUUACACACCUUCAGAACAAAGUUUACCCAACCAUUAUUACCAGGCUUCAUGAUCUGGUGUGGUGGGCUUACAGUGAGUACUGGAUUGCAGGUGCCGAGUGCUGUGAAAACGCUCCAGAAAAGUGAAAAUGGAUUGAGUGGUUCAACAAGCAGCCUAAACAAUAUUGCCCAGUAAUGUCUGUUAAACACUUCUAUUGCUGAAUGUUUGGGUUUUGUUGGUUUUUUUCUGCAUAGCUGCUGCUCACAGAAGCUUGUGAGCAUUGGAUUAAAUUGGGUUUGCUGUCUACUGCUAUUUAAGACCUGGAUACUGAUAGUGCAAAGAUUUGGGGCUAAACUGUUAGGAACCUACUGUGAAUCCAGACAGAAGAGUCAGAGAGAAAAAUGAACUGUUGUCUAUUUGAAAAAUAAGUGGAGAAAUCGAGCUGUAACUAUGUACUUUUCUAAUACUGCAUGUAAGCAUUUUCUUAUGGACUCGGAUGUUAAUUUUAUGAAUAUUAUUCUUCUAUGAAGAAUAUAACAAAUACCAUUUUCUUAGCUCUUCCAACAUGAAUUAGUUGACUAUAUAUCUUAUAAUUACUAGGCUUUCCAUUUGAACUUGUGAUAUCAAACAUGCAUUUCAAAAGAAUAUUGAUUUGCUAGCCUAGUCUGGCAAAAUAUCACAGCAAUAUGAUUUCAAAAGAAUACUGUAAGAAGUUGUAGGCCUGAUAUGAAGAAAUGCUAAGAGCAGUAUGUGAUUUUUUUUUUUUUUCUGAACCAAAAUCCUCCUGUUUCCCAGGCGUAACUCAUUUAAAUGUCAUAUAUUUAGAGUUCGGCUCCCAUUCAUCACAAAUUGCAGAAAAUGUAGAAGUUUAAAGGUAUUUAAAAACAUUCUUAUGUCCUCAGUGAAGAUGCAUUAUGAUAGCCAGCCAAUGAGCUAGGAAGUAUUUCAGGUAAGAGCUUCAGAACCAAAAAUCAAGAGCUUUUUAAAAACUACAGCAUGGUACCGCUCUCUCAGAAGCUCUUAAUUGGGUCAUCUCUUGGCUUUUCAGUUUUGUGGCAUUACUCUAAUUGGAUUCUGAGAAUCGGUGAUUCACACUGUUCAUCAGACGUGAAUGACAAAUUGAAUCUUUGCUGAUAGCAAAGCUGCAAUGCAGCCAAGGCUGGGAACAUGGGGGUGAGAGCUUCAGUUUAAAUGCAUCUCCCCGGAGAAGGUGUGUGGGGGAGAGCUAUUGCUAAAACAUCUUCCAGCUUUUUCUCAAGCCAGCUUCAAGUUUGAAGCUUCUCAAGCUUCAAACAGCUGUCUCAAUAUCAAAGCUGGCUUUUGACAGAAGCAGCACUAAAUUCCUGGUGAUAGCGCAGUACUCUGAGCCCAAGCAUACAUUUUUGCUGUUUUGACUAGCCUAGUGAGGAUUCCUAGAACUUUCUGGACAACCAGAGAAACUUCAAAAUUGCAUGAUUUCUUCAUCCAGCAGAAAUGUAGCUUAUAAGCUUAUAUAUAUAUCAUCCCACUCUUAACUUGCUAGCUUGUACCAUAUGCCAUGUAUAUAUGGCUAUGAGACCGGCUUUCAGAGGAUCAUAUUCUAAAGUAUCUCUCUAUAGCCUCCAACUUAACACCUUCCCUUUAAGGGCAAGGAAAAAGUGGAAAGUGAGCUUUGCCAGCUAACAUACAGUUGACUUCUGGAUCUGCAGUUACACGUUUUCGUUCACAAAUCAAGCAAAAUGUUCAGCCUGAGUGUUCCAUCAUCUCAACUCCUAGUUGGAAGCUUAGUAACUAUAGUCAAAUGAUUUAUAACAGUGGCAGAGCUGAAAAAAAUCAUGUUACAUUCUUCGUGGAAAAUCUCAAAUUUUCAGUGAGAAUUACUUGUAUAUUAUAAACUGUUUAAAUCUGCUUUCUUCCCUCUAAUCAAGUCCAGGAGCCUAGAAGUAAUUUUCAGAUAAACACUUGAAUCAGCUGUUUCCUAACUGAAGAUUUUUUCCUAAUAUCACCUGAAAACUGUUUCAAAUUUAUGUUGAUAGGGCCCAUAAUGCAUUGGCUCCUUUCCUACAGGGCCAAAGUAUUUUUUCUUCUGUGUAUCUUAGAGUCCGUAAAAACAUGAUCAUCUAAUCAUGUUAAAUAUUGUUAGUAUCAAUGGGUCCUUUAUAUCAUCAAGAUUUCUCAAGAGGAGGAGAAAUUCCUUGAAACACCUUAUAAUAAACUGGUUAUGAUGUUCAGUGAAAAAUUUAAAUUUUCUUUUUAAUCUUAAUACCUGGUCUAGAAAGUUUUGUUUCUCUUGAGAAAUCAUGAAGUUGACAGGACAGUUGAGCCCUUAAUGUUCAUUUCAUAUGUGAAACUUGAGCAUCUCUAAAUAUUUGCAUUGUGAACAAAGUUAGCUGUAAUCUUUUCUGCAGAGGAAAUUGCAAAACAAUUCCCAGUUUAACUGUACCUUCUUCUGCCAGUUUAAUAUUUUGGGUCUUGAAACAAAGAUACUGGAAGGUGAUGUGGUUCUUAAAUGAGCAGUGUCUAAAUCUGUUUCACACAUUAUCUACAGAUGUUGUUAUGCAGAUAGUCGGUGUACUAAUUUUAAAUAUUUCUUCCUAAUUUAUUUCCAUUUUACUGCAAUGAACACCUGACUGGGAGCUCGAGGGGCUCAGCUGCUGUGAAUUCAGUGGUAUGUGAGGGAGUGAGACUUGCAUGCUUGGGCCCUGGCGGUGUUUAGAGAGAGGAGGGUUCUGUUUUGAGACUUGUUCUAUUGCAUGACUGUGGUAAACAGAUAUUGAAAUAGGCUGUACCUGUUCACGCUGCACAGUCAUCAGCUUGAUCUUGGGUGUUCAGCUACAGUUCCUAUUUAAAUUUCCCUUUUUGGAAAGAAAAGGAAUGUUUACAAUAAUGUGUAGUAAGAAAGAACCAUGAAUAAUCUCCAACUCUGCGUAAGAGCAUUUAAAUUAUGAAGGGUUUUUUUUUUUAGCAAGAUGUAGUGCAGCCUGCAAGGGUAAAUUUGAUAUGCACAAUGUAAAAAUGUAAUUUUUAUUUAACACUUACUUAGAAGAAGGCUUGAAGUAUUUCAUACUGUGACUUGUGAUUUGCAAGUUUUAGUUUAACUGAUGUUCUAGAUGAACUUAAUGUGACUUUUUACCCGUAAAGGAUGAAUUUGGUAUACAAUAGUUUGCACAGAUGUCAAAUUUUUGCUGCUAACAGCUAGUCCAAUUGUUUUUAGUAAAUGGGGAUAUGAAGAAUUGCCUUAAGCACUUUAGAUUUUUUUAGACUCUUUUUUUUUUUUGAGCUAGUGUCUGUCCAGUACCACUGUAUUGGUGAUAUUUUGUUGCAGUUGGUGCACUGUUUGUACCUGCAGCUAGAGAGGGAUGCACCCAGCCUGUGAAGUUACUUUUUCCUAGGGGAAUCCACUUCAGGGAUUGGAGGGGUUGUUCUUUGGCAAUGGUUUACACCUUUUGAAGGUCUGUAGCUUUGCCCUGUAGUUAACACUAAGUAUAAUAAUAUGCCUGAUGACUUUCAUACUCCCUGAGCCUCUCUGCUCUGGAGUUGAUGCUGUUUGAUGGCUAGACAGUUUUCUUCUGUAUGACCAAAAUGAGAUUUUAAUUUUUUUUAAAAUAUUGAUUACUGAUAGUCUUUCAGAAUUAAAAUAACUUGUGAGGAACUGGUUUCCCUUGUGUUCUUAAUACAUCAGAAAACUGUAGCUUUCAUUGUUUCUAUGGAAAGCUGUGUGAACAGCAGCAUGGGAUGUUAAUUUCAGGAAGGAUAAUUUAAAAGCAUCCUGGUGAUUAAGUGCUUCUUCAAGUACCAAAUAUGGAUGGCAGAGGGUGACAGGUUUAUUUCUUUAGCCAUCCUCUAAGCAGAAAAAGUAGAGGUUAAGGUACGAAUCCUGUUUCCUCCCUCCUUGCACUCUCCCACGUUACUGCUGUUUCAUAUUAAGACUGGGGAAACUGUUUCCCUGGGAAGAACAUCUGACUUCACAAUAUUUCAGUCUGAUAAGGAUUGCAGGUUAUGAACGUGAUACAUAGUUUGAUGAACAACGGCGAUGGGUUCUGUUGAUCGUUGCGCCUGUCCAGCCUCACCUGAACUCGAGGAGUCUGAACACCGUCUCGGCAGGGGAAGCCUGGACGUGGUGUUCCCUCGCUGCCUCGGCUGAUCCUCCAUUGCUCGCGUCCAUUGUCAUGCAACGCCCGUCCGUGCAGCUGCGCUUCCCUGUGAGCGGUGGUGCGGGCCUUACCCUGCCGUCACCGGCCGUACCUCAGGUAUUCUCUAUCGGCGCUUCAGCCCUCGCCCCUGCGGAGAGCACCCCGAGGAAGAAGGCCUCUCGCCGCCCACACGGAGCGGCGGAGGGCCUUGGAGCCCGCGGGCUAUUUUGGUGUCUUUGACUUGUGUGUAAUGCGACCUUUUUGUAUUAAUACAGAAAUCUGAAGUCUGA